AUGAGCGCUACUGAUGUCCCAACGAAAGAGAGGAGUCCGGAGCAGCCUUCAUCACUACCACCAGAGAGAAGAUGCGGUGAGAAGAGGCCAAGAGAGGAGGAGACUGUGAGGCAUCAGGGCACCAAAAUGAAAGCCUCAAGAUUGACAGUGCCUCUAGAGCGCACUGGGAAUGAUCAUAAUCCGGAUCUACAUUAUGGUGAGGAUGAGAGGAUCGCGAGUGUGGCCGAUGUCCAGAUGGCAGAUUCUCCUACUUCUGAUGAUCAGCCCUCCGGUGUUCAGGAAGAUCAUGCAUCCGAACCCAAUGAUGAUACAGACAAUGCUGCGAACCUCAAUGAGAGUGACCUAGAGUCUAUCAAAAGCGUUUGGCGAUCUAGAGUCCAAGAGCACAAGGUGGCUAAACAGAUGAAUCGGUACAUCAUCGAUGUUGCACGGAAGGAAGUACGUUCUGGAUUACGCCAUCCAGAGACCAGAUUCAAUGGAAGAUACGAGGAUGGUUCCACGUUCACUCUAAGCGAUGGGGCUCCACAAUAUCCUAGCAGAGAAGAAAUCUCCGCCUCCGCGUUUCUGCCCACUCUUACUGCACAAGAGUCCGCUUCCUUAGAGGUUGCGAAGCGACCAGUGUUCAUAGGAGAAACUCGUCUGCCCGAUACAAGGAGCGUGGAAGACGAACACAUAUUCGUUGCUCCUGCAAAGGAGGAUGAAUUGAAUAGUACGACCUGUAGCCUGGCUCCCAGCACCUCUCAAGGCAUAGUCAGUCCCGACUCCAUCUCGCCAGAUGUGUCGAUACAAUCUUCUACAGUCCCUGCAAAUGGUAAGAUCUGCAGAGCACAUGACCACCAACAACAAGCACUCGACGUGGAGCCCGCCUCCACGCGUCAAGACAACUUUUUAACUGACCCUAUUGAAUCUAGGAAACAGGCUGAGCAGGGAACUGUGCCUGAUUCAGAGAGUGACGUUCAGUUUGCAAGCAUCGAUCCUUUCUGUCAGACUAGAUCAGAGGUGGAACUCUGA